AUGGCAACCGUUAAAAAUAUGGAAUUAGGUAAUAGAUUAAAACAAUUCUCUGCAGCCAAACAGCAACCAGUUGAAGUUAUUGUUGAGACUCAUCAAAGAGAUAAGAAAGUUCCAAAUUCCAAUUACCAUCAAACAUCACCUUUCAUUUAUGAAGGUACAGAUAAUAAUUAUAAAUUUAUUGGAGGAUUUGGUGAAUUUUCUGAAAUUGUGAAAACCAAACAUAAAGAUUUAUUUGAAAAUAGUAAUUUUGGUGGUAGUAGUAGUAAAGGAGAAUGUGAUGGUGAAGGUUGCAGAUUGUAA